AUGAAACGCAGCGGCGGUGUAAUGAGUGAAAAUGAAAAAGUUUCGCGUCGAAAGGUGAAUUCGGAAUUUCAAAAGCGAUUCCAAGGCUGCAGUCAUCUUUUUUCAUAUGAACUUAUGGAAAAAUUGGGUGAAGGAACCUUUGGUGAAGUUUAUAAAUCGAAAAACAAAGCCAGCGGAAAAUUAUAUGCUUUGAAAAAAAUAUUGCUACAUACAGAACGAGAAGGAUUUCCAAUAACUGCAAUUCGAGAAAUUAAAAUCCUAAAAUCCCUUUCUCAUGAGAAUGUGAUUGCCUUAACGGAUAUGACGGUCGUACGGGCUGACAAGAAGCAUCGAAAGCGAGGCUCAAUUUACAUGGUUACACCUUAUAUGGAUCAUGACUUGUCCGGAUUAUUGAAGAAUCCUAGUGUCAAAUUCACCGAACCUCAAAUUAAGUGCUACAUGAAACAGUUGCUUGCUGGUACCAAGUAUCUUCAUGACAGCUUCAUUCUUCACCGUGAUUUGAAAGCAGCCAAUUUGCUGAUUGAUAAUCACGGCUUUUUGAAAAUAGCAGAUUUCGGUUUGGCUCGUGUUAUAGACGAAGAAUCGUAUGCAAAUAAAAAUCCUGGAAUUCCUCCCCCGAAUCGUCGCGAAUAUACGGGUUGCGUGGUGACAAGGUGGUAUCGAUCUCCCGAACUAUUAUUGAAUGAACGUCGCUAUACGACAGCAAUUGACAUGUGGAGUGUUGGAUGUAUAAUGGCUGAAAUGUACAGAGGAAAACCAAUAAUGCAGGGGUCCAGUGAUUUAGAUCAAUUAGAUAGAAUUUUUCGACUUUGCGGAUCACCUACUCAAGCUUCUAUGCCUAAUUGGGAAAAACUACCAGGAUGUGAGGGUGUUCGCUCAUUCCCUGCGCACCCUCGAACACUGGAAACGGCGUUUUUUAGUUACGGAAAGGUGAUGACUUCCUUAUUUGGCUCUAUUUUACGAUUGGAUCCGGAUGAACGUUUAUCUGCUGGCAUGGCGCUGGAUCAUGAAUAUUUCACUACUGAGCCUUUACCUGCGGAUCCUUCACAACUACAACACUAUACUUCGUCACACGAAUACGACAAAAGAAAAGAUAGAGAUGUUCAUAAUGCUAACGGCAACCCUUACAACAAAAAGCGUUCCUUCCGCUUCGUAACUCGAGGCCCGGGUGAUCCUUGGUAUGGAAUGCGAAGACCAAACCCACAAUACCGCAGUGGAAAUCGCCGCGACAAUGAAGGAGGUGGACAACAAUAUCACCAAUAUUCUCGAAGAUACCAAAAUCAAAAUAUAUCCAAUAGGUCCGAAUCGUAUCAGCGUCCCCGUGAUUAUCCUCCCCCUUCUGGCAUUGAACAUGAAAGACAUUAUCGUCCCGAACCAAGAAAUCGACCAUCGCGAUCUGACUCUUAUAAUUCUCGAACAUCAGUAGAACCUCCUGCAAAACGAUCUAACACUGAUCAGCAACCAAUUUGGCAACGUCAGCAAAACAAUACCAAAUUUAGUGAGCCUCAGCCUCCUGUCAGCAACCGUGAUGAUGCUAACAGGUCUUCAUCGAGUUUGCGUAACACCUCUGGUUCUGAAGAGUAUGCAAAAAGGAAUGCACCUUCCCCUUCCCCUGGUUAA